GCCAAGCGAAGCGAAGCUUUGAGCUUAGAGCUAACGGUUUUCGAAAUUAGAGCAAGAGGCAGGCAGCUGCUGCAAGGACGCACAAGGACUGAUCCUGACUGUCAUUUUAUUUUGUUUUUGUUUUUGUGCUUAAUACAAACGACGUGCGACAUUGCGCAUACGCCAUGUGGGCUGCAACUUUAUUACUGCUGCUAGGACUUGCGGCCUCGACGCAUGGCGCCUACAAGUUGCAAGAACGCUACAGCUGGAACGUUCUGGACUUUGCCUUCCCCAACGAUCGGCUCAAGGAGCAGGCCAUAGCCAGUGGCGAUUACAUUCCCCAGAACGCUCUGCCCGUUGGCGUCGAGCACUUUGGCAAUCGUCUAUUUGUCACCGUGCCCCGCUGGCGCGACGGCAUUCCCGCUACGCUCACUUAUAUCAACAUGGACCGCAGCUUGACGGGCUCACCGGAGCUGAUACCGUUCCCGGACUGGCGCAGCAAUACGGCGGGAGAUUGUGCGAACAGCAUAACGACCGCCUAUCGCAUUAAGGUCGACGAGUGCGGCAGGCUGUGGGUGCUGGACACAGGCACCGUGGGCAUUGGCAACACCACCACCAAUCCGUGUCCCUAUGCGGUGAACGUUUUCGAUCUGACCACAAACACGAGAAUUCGUCGCUAUGAACUGCAGCCGGCGGAUACGAAUCCGAAUACGUUCAUUGCGAAUAUAGCGGUGGAUAUUGGCAAGACUUGUGACGAUGCCUACGCUUACUUUGCGGAUGAGUUGGGCUAUGGCCUGAUCGCUUACUCCUGGGAGCAGAACAAGUCGUGGCGCUUCUCGGCCCAUUCGUACUUCUUCCCCGAUCCACUGCGUGGGGAUUACAACAUUGCGGGUCUGAACUUCCAGUGGGGUGAGGAGGGUAUCUUUGGCAUGGCUCUGUCUCCCAUUCGCUCUGAUGGUUAUCGCACGCUCUACUUCAGCCCCCUUGCCAGUCAUCGUCAGUUUGCCGUCUCGACGCGCAUUCUUCGCGACGAGUCGCGCAUUGAGGACAGUUAUCAUGAUUUCAUCGCUUUGGAUGAACGUGGUCCGAAUGCGCAUACGACGGCGCGCGUGAUGAGCGAUGAUGGCAUCGAGCUGUUCAGUCUGAUCGAUCAGAAUGCCGUCGGUUGUUGGCAUUCCUCGAUGCCGUAUCAGCCUCAGUUCCAUGGCAUUGUCGAUCGCGAUGAUGUCGGUUUGGUCUUCCCCGCCGACGUCAAGAUCGACGAGGCGAAGAACGUUUGGGUGCUGUCCGAUCGCAUGCCCGUCUUUUUGCUCUCCGAUCUGGACUACAGUGAUGUCAAUUUCCGCAUCUAUACCGCUCCGUUGGGUGUGCUGGUGGAGAAUACGAUUUGCGAUUUGCGUAACAACGCUUAUGGUCCAUCCAAUUCGGUUGCAUUGCCCAAGCAGCAAACUCCCGUCUUGCCUCAGGCGCCAGCACCCCAAUUGCCACGCUAUCGUCCCGCCCUUCCCAAUAAGCCGCCACUAUCCACCAGCUGGGCACCCGCCUCGUCUCCCGCUCGUGGCUACUUGCCCGCCUCGGCGGGUCAGAGCAUCUCCAGCGUUAGCGUCUCUACCAACAAUAACCUCGAUGUGCCCAAGGCCUAUGUCUUCAAUCAACACAACGGUCUCAACUAUGAAACCAGUGGUCCGCAUCUGUUUCCCUCGCACCAGUCGUCGGCUCAUCAGUCGAGCGGCUUGAAGAGCUAUGUGAACUCGCGUCAGUCGGGCUGGUGGCAUCAUCAUCAUUAGGGCUGAGCGCGCUCUCCCAUUCCUCACUAGACUCAAAUGCUCGUUAAGGACUUUUCCUCAUAAGCAAUACGCACUUUCUUCACUCUUAUCCAUCAUAUAUGAUUUGACUAUUCUCACACUUACACACUCUAAAGUUUGUUUGUAUGUAUGUUAUAUGUAUUUUACUUUUUUUUUGUAUACAAUAUUUUUUGAAACGAGAUUCUGUUUUCCAUAUUAGUCAAGUAAGCGUAAUAAACAUUUUUUGUGUACAAUUUA